AUUUCUCCCACAAGCUCUUUUGCCUCCCCUUCCGAAUUUUCCUCUCAUUUUCUUUUGCGUCCCAUCACUUUCUCGGAUUUUCUCGGCGACUUUCUUUCGUGCCAAGCUGCUUACGCUCCGUUUUCCAAACCCCCCUCCUCGCUUCUGAAUCCCCGAGGAUCGCUCACGACCUUUUCUCUUCUUCCUUUCGUCUCCCGAUCUGUUACUGUUUUACUGCUUAUUGCAGUCGAAUUCGAUGGAGCUGGUGAAACAAGAUGGGAAUGAUUCUCUCGACAUGCUCAUCAGAAGAGCUGUUGGAAAAGACCCUUUUCUUUCCUUCCCUAGACCUGAAAGCAAUCCAGUCCAGCUCUUUCAACUUCUCCAUACCUUAGAACGGCCAGGCUGGCCGUUGCUGACUCCUUUGAAGAUACAAAUGCAGAAAUGUGAAAAGUGUUCCAGGGAGUUCUGCUCUCCUGUGAACUUUAGAAGGCAUAGCCGCAUGCAUCGGCGUUUGAGAAAGCCUGAAAAGGAUACUGGCAAAGAGAGGGAUGCGCUGGGAGACUUUUGGAAUAAGCUUUCUGUACCUGAUGCAAAGGAGAUUCUCUCAUUAAAGAGCAUGAUGCUGGAGAAUGUUCCUGGGACGUCAGUUGAGUCAGGACUAAUGUCUUUUAUCGAAAAACCAGGAUAUACUGCUCUGCCACAAUAUUAUCUAAGAGCUGGUUCUGAACUUUUGGAUAUUAUCCAGGCUAGACCACCUAGGUUUCCAAUUUCUUCGCAGGAACUUUUUAGCAUUCUCGAUGAUGCGAGUGAAAAAACCUUCCUGUGUAGCGAGGCUGCACCAAUGCAAAGAUACAUUUUUGACGGUGAAAUUGGAAAAAAUGUACUGGAGGCAAAAAAUGUCGUUGCUUGCGCAAGCUUUCUUCUGGAACAGCGAUUGAUUAAAGCAUGGCUUGCUGACAAAGAUGCGGAAGCUCUGAGGUGCCAGAAUUUACUGGUUGAAGAGGAAGAAGCUGCGCGAAGAAGACAAGCUGAGCUCUUGGAGAGGAAGAAGAGGAAGAAGCUAAGACAGAAAGAACAGAGAGUAAAGGACCAGAAAAAAUAUGCCAAGGAAGACGAGAGUACCACAUCGGAAGAACAACAAUCUCCAGCUGAGUCAUCAAGCCCGUUAUCUGUAGCUUCAGAUUCCGAGGCACAGAGAUCAGAUUCCAUACCAGUUGAGGAUUGUUCAUCCCUUGAGGACCCUCAAGUUUUGGAAAUGGACAAUGGGAGAAACAGUAAAACUCAAGCGCCAAUGGUUGAUGUUGAUGGAUUUGGUAAUGGCCAAAACAUGGAAAGGCGAAGUGGCCGUAGGCAAAUGGAAAGAUCACAAUACGGAAUGCCGAAUGGGUUCCAUGCUAAUCAUGCUCCAAAACUUGGGGGCAUGCGAAAGAAUGGAACUAACAGAGACGCAAGAGCCAAUACUACUAAAAUUUGGAGCCGAAAAGCCGAUAACCCCAAAUCGAUAUCAACUCAACUGGAUCAAACAAAGAACAGGGAAGUUCUGAUUGGAUCGGUGAGUGUAACAAUCCGAAACAGCUGUCUAAGUGGAGAACAUAACCAAACAAAUAACAGUGAAGAGGAGGGAAGAACAAAGACUGUUGAGGCUAGACCCACAUCUGAGCAAUCAAAUGCAAAAGUAUGGAGACCAGUGAGCAGUCAGGGAAGGAAAGUCUCAACAGUCGAUGAAAACGCAGACAAAGAAGAUAAGAAGUCAAACGCAACUGCACCCGAAGUUAAGACCGCUCAUCACAUAAGCUCGCAGUUCAACAACCACGAAGCAAAGGCGUUUCUUGCACAGAGAUGGAAAGAGGCAACCUCUGCAGAACACGUGACAUUGGUUCUGUCUCAGGAAACAGACAUGUCGGGCAACAACACUCACGAAUCCUCAAAUGGUGUUAUAACCGCCGCAAGACCAAAGCUCAGGAUGAAACCCGAGAAGGGCACGAAGGUAAAGUAUGUUCUAAAACAGAGGAUUCCUUGAAACACUGAAACAAAUCUUGAAUUCUGGACCAGAGAGUAUCAUUCUUUUUAGGUAUACCAAAAGUGCAGUCUUAGCGAGAGAGACAGAUUUUAUUUUUCUUUUUCUUUUGCAUCUAGAGAGAUUUUUUUCUUGGUUUUCAAAGGUCUUCAUUCUUUCUUUUUUCACUUCUUUUUUGGCGAUUGAAAGAGAUGGAUUUAUUAUUUCGUUGACCUUUUUUCCAUUGUGAGGGUAUAAACUUGAAAGUUGAAACUUGGAAUGGGUUUCUCAUAUUUUUCAUUUUUUUGUGUAGUAAAAUAAUCUUUAUUUCGUCGAAAGUGAAGUCUACCAGAAA